GCGCCACAGCAACCUUCCGUGUCACGUGACUAAACAACAUGGCGACCAACGUCUGUCACGCAGAAACCUCGAGAAGUUAUCGCCUUAAAUUGCUAUCAAAAUCGACCGUCAUGUGAACGUUGUUUGUCUCGAAAUUGAUUCAGUGAAUGUCAAGGUUUCGAACUAUAGCAUUACCCGUUAAAAUUGGGAGAUUUCUUGCGUAAUUUUCAGAGUAAACCUAGACAGGGUCUGCGGGAUUCGACAAGUUUCCGGGCAGCUAUAGCGGGAGAGGGAACCAAUCAAUUAUCGACGGGGCGCGCCGGGGCGGUGCACCUGUCUUGCCUCGCAAUGCUUCGCCUGCUCCGUUCAGCACACAGUACUUACGUUGGGUAGGACUAGGAGUUUUAUACGAGCAAGGAAACCGAAAUGGCGACAACCAACACCGGCUUGUCCUUGCUGGCUCGGGGAAUCGGCGAGGAAAGGGUUCGUCGGGGACACAAGAAAUUGGAGGUUUCUCUCGAACCCGAGGAUUACCAUAAUAUUCAGGGUCGGAAGUAUUACCUGCCUCCCAUCCAACAGAGAGCAUGGCCACAGGAGGAGCUGGAUUCCCCCCGGGAGCUACACACCCACAAGACGUUUACGACAAGGAAGGGCGCCCUCUUGCUAUACUCGGAAGACCUCGCGAUGACUGCCAAGGAGAGAGCGGAUAACAACAAGGCUCUGGAAGCCGAGGACACACUGAAUCUGAAUACGUUUCACGACCUGCGAAGUGCAAUCUUGUCUUAUGGAGCAAAGGAUUCUUCGUCUGAGCCAAUCUACUUGGGUUUUGUCCACAACAAGCACGCCCAUAGUACUCCUCGGGCAGUCAGGCCGGGGUUCUCAGCCAAGAGAUACCUGUCCAACUGGUCCAGGAGCUGGGACGAUUCAAUUCUCAAUACCCUGAGAAACAAUGGUCACAUUUUGGACAAGAACCUCUUCCAAGAGAACGCCCUGGCACCGAGGAUCUUAAGACGCAUCAAUGACGACCUAUCCAGCUUGCCAGCACCGUACCGUGUCACUAGGAACAUGCUGAUGGCACCUGGCAGCCCGGUAGUCUACGAAUUCUACAGGAUACGGCCAAGCAGUGCCGACUCCGGGAGGCCAUCAGAAGAUGACUACGAGAACGAAAAAGACGACCGCCGUACCCCGCUGGUAUCCUUCAACAUCCCUGGUUCCAUCGCGGCAGUUAUACGCGAUGAGCAGAACAAGCCGCGUGCCGUCCCCUACGCCAGCCUGGCGCCCGACGAGCAGCAGCAGGUGCUGCAGCGGUUGCUGCUGCAGAGCGCCAUGCACAAGCAGCUGCUGGAGGCUGCGGAGAAGACCGGCCAGGAGCGGGGCAGCAACACGUCGCUGGCUGGUAGCCGGCCGGUGACGGUGGAGCAGCUCAAACAGCUGAACAUGGGCAAUGCGAUCGCCGCUUUGGUCGACACUAAUACAUCCGGCCUCCUUCAGGGACAACAGGUGUUUGAUGACAAAGGCUUCAAGGAACUCUACAAGAAGAGAUUUGGUCAGCAGAAUGAGCCAUCACCUCCUUCUAUUCGGAAGGGCCUGAACCGUAGCGACCAUCGCUCCAACAUCCCCACUGUUCCCACCCUCCCACCGAUUUUGUCGUCCUCAACCAACUUGAAACCGGCGGAGAGGCAGACACUGAAGCUGGACACCAAACUCCCCCAAAUCACAAUGGAACCGCCCACACCCCAGCAUCCUGUGCUGAGUCAGAACACGCAGAGCCGGCAGAGUUCAUCGUGGGAGCAGGGGAGUGAGGAGUUCAGGGAAUCCUGGCCUUCCGAUGAGACCAACAUCUGGAAGGCAGAUAUUGAUGAGGAUGAGCUUCUCAAGCAGCAGCAGGCAGCAUCUGAGGAGGAAGAUGAUGCAGAAGAUGCUAGAGAGGAGGAGAUACAUCAAUCAGAAACAAAGACCAAAUCAGCCAGAUCAUCCAAGUCCUUUGGUCAUCAAAGGUCACCAUCUAAGGGCUCCAUCCUGAGUUCUGUCAGUGUCAGCAUGGAGGAUCUAACAGGACCCAUCGUCUCCGGCGGAAGCAAGCACCCCUCGGGCAGCGAGAAGAGCUACGGGGGAUCCUCCAGCGAUGCCGCCCGCAGCAUCAAGGGCAGCCAGCUCCCCGGCAGCCUGCGGGAAAGUAUGCGCUCCUACAAGGGUGGCCGGAACAGUAACACGGGUAGCGUUGUGAUGGGGCCCGAUGGUGAGGUCCUGUCUAUAGGGGGCGGUGUUGGGAGCGGGGCUGACGCUGGGUCCUCGGUGGCCGAUGUUACUGAUAAUUUGCAAGCUUCCAGCAUGGCCCACUCUACCCAUAUGGGGGAGUUGGAAAGUCUGGAUGAGCGUGAUGAGCUAGAAGAUGAUGACACCCUGUCUCAGGACUCGGGUCACAUGUCAUCCGAAGAGGUCGAAGUUCACGAGCCGGCCCCGACCCCACAGCCAGUGACCAUACCGACGGCCCAGUUUGGGGAAGAUUUGCCGGAGUCUAAGCCACCCAGCCUACCCAGCGUACCGCAGUCUAAAGCAACCAAGUCGCAGAAAUCGGUGGAGGAGUCCAUACACUCUGGGAGAGACAUAACAGGAGGCGAUCUCGACGCGACCAGAUCUUUCGCCAAUUUCAGUUACGGAAGCGUGGGGCGAGAUUCUGUUGCAGAGGAUGCCUUGAGCCAGGAUGGGAUCGUAACCCCGGCAAUACUUAUAACUGAUGACCAUGGGGAGAGAGAGCCAGCUGCGGAGGAUGAGGUCAUGUCAGAGCAGGAACCUGAUUGGCCGACUGAGUUUGGAGAAACUAGCGAGCCAGCCGAGGAAGAUGCUGUGAUGGAAGAACUGGAGGAUGAGCAUGUGCAGGAGGUUAAUCAAGAAGAGGAGAUAUCGGCAACAGAGAGCGUCAAGGAUGAUAUCGCAUCCCAAAGGGCGCCCUCACAGCUGGAGGAGUUAGAGGAACAGGCGGCAGCCGUGGCAGCCAUAGUUUUGGAAAGGCCAAAGUCGGGACGGGAUCUCGCAGAAGACGCACAGAUUGCAGCCGACCUGUGGAUGAAGAAGUUGGGAGAACUCUUCAACCUGUCAGGCGAUCCCGAGCGCGUCCGGUCGGCCAUGAUACGGAGACGUCGCAACUCCCUCGAUGCUUCAUCUGUCGCAUCAUCCACAGAGUACGGUCGGUGGUCUGGGCCGAAAUUAAAGAAGAGUCCAACUAAGAAGUCCAGGAGAAUGAAUAGGGUCCACUCAGCGGAGGCAGCUGUCCACUUCUUGGAGAAUCUUAUCAAAGGAGAUGAGGAGGGAGAGCCUGUACUGGAUGAUGACCACACCCUUGAUGACAUCAUCAUUAAAGUGGCCCAAGCUAAUGAAAAGGUAGAAAUAGCCCCCGAUGUGAUCGAGAUGUUAGCAGAGCCAGAACCCAUCCAACCUGAAGACAUUAUGGUUAUCGAAGACACUGAAGACGGAAAACUCCGCGUCUUGUCCCGCGCCGGCUCAAGCAGGAGCGUACGGAGCCGUCAGAGCAUGCUCAGUGCUGGGAGUGUGCGCAGCAGGCUUAGCGUGCACAGCAGAAAGAGCGCCCCCAGUGCUCGUUCGGCCAAGAGCGCGCAUAGUCGCAAGAGCGUGGAGAGCAAGCGGAGUUCUAGGAGCGCUGAGCUGCCAAGAAGCAUCCCCAGUGCCACAAGCUCAUCAGGCAGCUAUGAUCAUCACGCUUUCAACGUGGAGCCGCCAAGCGAUAAAGAAGAUGAAGAUAAGAAGACUGUAGGAAAGAGCUCUGAGGAUGCGACAGAUGCAGCAGAAGAGGUCUUAGAUGGCAAAGAUAACACGGAAGAGACUGGAGUUGCAGAAGAUGCACACUCUGAAAAGACAACCUCCAAGCAUGAAUCUGAACAAGAGAAGGAAGAAAGCAGGUCUGAAGCAACCCUUGAUGAGAAAACACUCAGUGAAGAAGUCUCAGAAAAAGAUGCAUCGCCACCCCAAGAGGCCAAGUCUGAGAAGAGGACCCCAACUCCGGAAGAGCAACCUCCUAGGCCUCCGACAGAGAACGUUGUUGAAAAGGAAGAGAACAGUGGUGAUGCAACAGAAAAUGUUUCUGUGCACUCCGGCAAGACAGGCAAGUCGGUCAAUUCUGCCAAGUCUCCCUCCCGGGCAGAGAGUGCCCCCAGCGUCAAGUCAGAUAAAUCGGCAGCUGUCAAAAGCACCCCGAGCGUCAAGGGUGACGCGGGUGGUCCGCUGGAGUUUGGUGUAACAAACUACGGCGUUGCUGACAAGAAGGAACAGGAGAAGGAAGCUCCCAUUGUCCGGCCCCCGGCAGAGACCGCAAAGCCACAGGAACAGAGCACGGAGGAUGACGAACUCGCUAAACUCUUGAAGGAAACGGGUCUGAUGGAGAAGGCAGCGGAUGCCAAGAGCUCCAAGAGUGGUAAGAGCAGCAAGAGCAGCAAAAGCAACAAGUCCAACGGCGGCAAGGAGAAGAACAAGGAGGAGUUUGUUGUUAAAAAACCAGCGGAUGAUAAAGUAGACUACCUCCCCUACAAACCGUUGGCUGAGAAGAAGCCUGAGGAGACCAAGGCCGAACCUGCAAAAGCAACCAAAGCAAAGAAACCAAAGAAACCUUCAGCAGCGAAAAAGGCAGCUCCUGCCAAGAAAUCAAAGAAGAAACCCAAAGCGGAAGCAGCAAAGGAGGAGCCCAAACCGCCUCAGGAGGAACCAGUCAAGACAGAAGAGAAGGUAGAAGAGACAAAGAAAGACGAAGAUGUCAAGCUGCCUGAGGCGCUGGCCGCGACGGAGCCGUUUGAAGACGAAGAAUUUGAAGAAGAAGAGGAGGUUGAGGAGGAGAAGCCUGAAUCUCCCGAGUUCAUCAUCAUCCAUGAUAUCGAAAGAGAAAAUACAGAACCGGUAAUUGAGAAAAAGGAGGUACAGGUAGUGCCGGAACUUCGCAAACCUGAGCCAUUACCACCCUCUGUGGCACAAACGGAUAUGACUGCUGACUCCGUGUCUAUCUACACCGAGAAUUUUAAGCCACAACAGCAAGAAGCUCCCUUGGAUUUGGUUACGCAUGAUUCAGCUAGUCAAGGUCCCAGCAGUGUUUCCCGUUCCCAGGCCAAAGCUGCCAAGAGAGCAGCCGAGGCGGAACGGAGAAAACAGGCCGUGGAACGGAAACGAAGAGAACGGGAGGAGGCCAAGAGGAAGCAGCAAGAGGAGGCCGAGAGGCAGGAGCAACUCAAGCGUGACUUUGAGGAGGAGAAGCGGAGAAAAGAAGAGGCUGUCCGACUGAAAAGAGAGCGGGAAGCACAAGAGCUGGAGAGACGACGUCAGGAAGAGGAAGACAGGAAGAGACAAUCAGCAGUCGCCGCCGAGAGGGAGAAAAAGAAGAUGGAGGAAUACAAACGCAAGAUGGAGGAGCUUGCCCGGCAGAAACGAUUGGAGGAUGACAGAAGGAGAGACGAGAACUGGAAGAAAGAGAGGGAGGAGGAAGAGAGAAGGAAAGCCGAGGACGCCAAACUAGCCGCCAUGGCUGAGGAAGAGCGUCUGGAGUACCAACGCCAGAAACGGGAGGAGGAACUCAUCGCCCAGCGCCUUGCCGAAGAAGAGAGGCUCAAGCGAGAACUACUGGCCAAACUGGCCCAAGAGGAAGCAGAGAGGGUAGCCCUGGAACUCGCCAAGAGGCAGAAGGAGAUGGAGAGGCGGUUGAUGUUCAACAAGGCGCUGCAGUCGGAAUCCAACAUACUGUCUCACUCCCAGGAUAUGACUCCGGCUUUCACGUGGUCCUACUAUGAGCUCCUGGAGUUUCUUGGGCUUGCUAUGCCGGACUUCUUGAAGAAGCAUCAGAGCUUUACCGACACAGGUUCGUGAUUAAUCCGUAUCACUCCCAGAUCCUUCACAAACCCCCAAGGAGGUUUGGAAGAGUUUGCAGGAUUGGGGAAGGUACAGCCCAGCCAUUUGAUGCUGGUUGAAAGUUGAAGUUCAAAGAUCGUGAAUAUGGAUACCUGCACAGCGGUGUAUUAUGGAGGAUU